AUGAAGGGCCCCUUUGCAAAAAAAACAAAAAGAAGUUGCCACACGCCUCCUGAAAACCAGGAAGAGGAAAUUAUUAUGAAGAUUAAGGAGCACGUGGAGAAGUUGCGUGAGAAGAGCAGAGAAGUCCGUGACAAGAUUGAGCUUGCCAAGGGAAAUGGCAUGGUAGCAACAAACAAGAUCGAAACUUGGCUGGCUAGAGCAGAUACCAUCCUAUCUGACGGGAUGGCUGUCUGUGAGUCCAAGCAAACUAGGUUAAACUGGGAUACUAGAAUUGCCGCUGCACAGCUUUCUCAGCUGCGAGAAUGUCUCAGUGAUCAACCCAGUGAUAUUGCACAGCCGCCAUUUGUCCUUCAUAUUGAUGUCCACGCUGCUCUACUGCCAAGUCAGGUGCUUUUUGUUGAACAAGCUCGCCAGCACAUCAUUGAGGAUACAGAGGGGAUGAUCGGAAUAUGGGGUCCAGUUGGUGUUGGGAAAACACUCCUUCUCAAGGCGAUCAACAAUUCAUUUGAAACAAGAAACUCCUUGAUUCCUAGUUCAUCAAAUAGAAGGGACCCUCCAUUUGACUUUGUUAUCUAUAUGACAGCCUUAGAAGACUGUUCGGUGCAAAGUAUCCAAUCUGAAAUUAUUCAACGGCUCAAAAUGCAGGACCGCGGUGAUUCAUUAACCACUCAAGCCACCAGGAUAUCUAAAUUCCUUCAUGAUAAAAGUUUUCUUGUUUUGCUAGAUGGCCUUCACUACAAUCUGAACCUAGCAGAAGUUGGCCUACCAACCCUUGGAAAUCAAGGCCAAUUGAAGCGAAAAGUUGUAAUCACAACAAGAUCACGAAGCUUGUGUGAUCAGAUGCGUGUGAACAGAACUAUAAAUGUCCCCGGCCUAAAAAUUGAUGAAGCACUUGAGCUGUUCCAAGAAUGUAUUGGUAAUGAUCGUCUUUAUUCUGAACCCCGCAUCGGAGCACUUGCAAAAGAUCUCGUGGAGCAACUAAGAGCUCUACCAUCAGAACUGAUAAGAAUAGGCAGCGCAAUGCGCGGAAAAGGGGAACCAGGACAGUGGCAGAAUAUCAUUGGUGUUGCCAAGGAAUUGAUGCAUAUCAAGGAUCAAGAAGCAUCAUUGCUGAGAAUUGUUAUUACAAAGCUUAAGCAAUGUUUGCAAAACUUGCGUGGGAGGAGAAAUGAUGUCAAUCACGAGAUUGAGCUUGGAAAGCGAGAGGGCAAGCUGGCAUGCUUCGUCGGCUCCAAGAAUGCCUCGGUGGUCAACCCAGCGUUGUUACAGUGGAAGCAUUGCCACCUUCCGUCCAAGAGAUGCCAUGUUCGUCAGCAGCCUUCCAGAGUUGAAAUAUUUGGAGAGGCUAUGGAGUAUAUUAAGCAUAGUUUAGUGGGUGUCAUUGGAAUCUGGGGGCUGGGCGGAGUGGGCAAGACCCAUCUUCUGACAAGGAUCAACAACGCUUUUCUUGGGGACUCAUUAUUUGAUCAUGUUAUCUUCGUUACGGCCUCCAAAGAGGGUUCAGUGGAAACAAUCCAAGACGAGAUUGGCAAGAAGCUCAAGCUCAAGUUACCGGAAGGCGAUGAUGUUAAAUCUCGAGCUGACAUCAUUUUGGGCUUCCUGAAAACAACAAAAUUUCUAAUACUAUUAGAUGACGUUUGGAACCGGAUUGAUCUGGAAGCAGUGGGCAUACAGUAUCCCCUUGGAAGAAGCAAAGUGGUUCUCACAACAAGAUCAAAAACGGUGUGUGGUCAAAUGGACGUAAGAAAAGAGAUCAACGUGGCAUGCUUGCUAGAUGAUGAGGCCUGGCAGCUAUUUCAAGACAAGGUCGGACAGGGGACUCUAUCUUCCAGUCCUCGUAUUGAAGCUCUUGCAAAGGAACUUGUGGAGGAAAUGAAGGGCUUGCCAUUAGCUUUGAUAACUGUCGGAAGGGCAAUGUACGGCAAAAGUAAUCCGAAACAAUGGGAAUCUGCCAUGCAACACAUGAAACAGUCAUGCUGUGGCGGGGAUGAUCAGGACCUCCGUAUGGAAAAUACUGUUUUCAGACGACUCAAGUUCAGUUAUGAUAGCCUAAGAAAUGAAACCUUGAGACAGUGUUUGUUGACUUGCUCACUAUGGCCAGAGGAUGAAGUGAUUCUGACGGGGGACCUGAUACGAUGCUGGAUUGGCUUAGGUCUAGUUGACGAGUGUGAUAUACAUGGUUCCUACAGAAAAGCACAUUCUCUAAUAGGUGAACUUACAGCUGCAUGUUUGUUAGACAGUUGUGACACUGGGUUCCACGAGCAGCAUGUUUACAUUGAUCAUAGAACAUUCUUUAACCAUCAGGAAUUGCCAAUUGAAGUUGGUGUUAAGAUGCAUGAUGUGAUCCGUGAUAUGGCUAUUUGGAUAUCUUGUGGCUGCAGUGACAACAAGGACAAGUGGGUCGUUCGUGCAGGAGUUGGUCCAAAUCUGUCUAUACGCACCAUUCCUUGGCGCGGAGCCGAAUGCAUCUCAUUAAUGUCCAGUAGAAUCGGGGAGCUUCAUCCGUUUACUGGCUCCACAAAUCUCAAGAGGCUAUACCUUCAUCAGAAUCUUUUGGAUGAGAGGAUAUUUGGAGCCAUUCAGAGUUGCACUGAGCUGACAUACCUAGAUCUAAGCGCUAACAGAAUCAAGCAGAUACCUGAAGAGUUAUUUGCCUUGGUAAACUUGGAGCAUCUGGAUUUGUCAUGUAAUGAAGAGCUAACGACAGUUCCCAAACGCCUUAGAGAACUUACUAAGCUCAAAUUCUUAUAUCUAGCACGCACAAGCAUAGAGGUGAUUCCGACGGAGGUCAUAUCCUGUCUUACAGAAUUGCAAGUGAUUGACAUAAUGAUAAUUAAUGGCAGAAUUAUAAGUCUAAAAUAA